AUGACAUGCGGAGGCAAAAUCCACACUCCAAGUCCAACAUAUGUGCGUCUUACGAUAAAUGAGAAACAUAAAAAGGAAAUGGACAACAAAGUAUCGUUUUCUUCUCAGAAACUUCUGCGAAAAAUGUCCAUACGGUUAACCACGUACAUUCGACACGUGCGUCACCGUCCAUGCGGAUUUUGA